AUGCUUUUCUCAGCCUCGCUGGCUUUUUCCCUUCUCGCCUCCACUGUUCAUGCUCUUUCUCCUCCCCAUCAUGCUCUGAAUCGUCCUCGGAAGUAUGGUAUCAAGAAGCUCGACAAGACAUACGAGAACACCACACUCUUUCAUGUCCACUCACAGGAGCAGAUCUCCGGCUAUGACGAUGCGUUCUACUUCGACCAACUCGUCGAUCACAACGAUCCGUCAAAGGGGACGUUCAAGCAGCGCUUCUACCACAGCUACGAGUACUACGAACCCGGCGGACCUGUCGUCCUCAUGACGCCCGGGGAAUCCGACGCCUCGGGGUUCACCAACUACUUGACCAACGAGACCAUUCCCGGGAAGCUUGCGGAGAUGCUCGACGGAUCCGUGAUUGUCUUGGAGCAUCGGUUCUUCGGCAUCUCUCAGCCCACGGGUGACCUCUCCGUAGAGUCCCUGCACCUGCAUACGAUUCAGCAGGCGAUCGACGACAUCGAAUACUUCGCCAAGAACGUCGUGCUUCCGCAGCCCUAUAACGACACUCUUGGUCCGUCUCAGACCCCGUGGAUCAUGGUGGGAGGUAGCUACCCUGGGGCGCUGACGAGUUAUGUGAUGCAAAACAAACCGGAUCUCUUCUUCGCCGGAUGGUCCUCGUCAGGGGUCGUACAAGCUCUCGCCAACUUCUGGGGUUACUACGAGCCCGAACGUCAGUACAUGCCGAAGAACUGCUCUGCGGACAUGACCGCAGUGAUCGACUACGUCGACUCGGUGUUCGAGAACGGUACGAGCGAGGAGAUCUGGGCGAUGAAGCAGAACUUCGGUCUCGGCGACCUCACGUACAAUGACGACUUCGCUUCCAAUCUGGCGUCCAUUCCUUCACUGUGGCAGUCGAACAUCGAGCUGGUGUAUGCGUUCUGCGACUACCUCGAGACUUCUCCCACCAACGAGACGGCGCCAGAGGCUGGCUUUGGUCUCGAGACCGCCUUCCAAAAGUGGGGUGAAAUCUGGAACGUGACUCUCCCUGAGAGUAUGUGCCACGAUUAUAUCCUGGGUUGCGGCUUGGACGGGAUUCACCGUCCUGACUACACCUACUGGGCCAACACCACCGCACCCAACGACGACACCUCCUGGAUCUGGAUGACCUGCAACGAGUUCGGUUUCUCGAUGACCGGGGCUCCGCGUGACCACCCAUCCCUGAUCUCGCGCCAGCUCACGGUCGCCGCUGACGAGCUCAAGUGUAGCUACCGGUUCCCGGGGGCCUUCUCCGGCACGAACUCCUCCAUGCUCCUCAACGCGCUCUCCGUCAACUCGCGCUACUGGGGCUGGAACGUGACCACCCCGCGCCUCGUGUUCGUCAACGGCGAGCAGGACCCGUGGCGGGAGGCGACGGUCGGCGCGGACGGCGCGAACCCGUCCUUCGAUUCCGCGCUGCAGCCGCACCUGAUGCACGACAUGUUCCACUGCUCGGACCUCGUCAUCGACCCCUCCAACACCGAGAAGAUGGUCGAGGUCCAGACUGAGGCGCUGAAUGCGAUCGUGGGGUGGGUGCAGGAGUUGAAGUCUAGCAACUCGUCGUCUUCGUCGUCCUCAUCGUCAUCGUCAUCGUCUUCCUCCUCUUCUUCUUCGACGUCGUCCUCAUCGUGGUCGUGGUCCUCUUCGUCGUCGUCGUCGUCGUCGUCGUCGUCGUCGUCGUCGUCGUCGUCGUGA